AUGGUUGCAAUCCAUGAAAAAGAAGUUACUCAUCGAAGUGCCGUUGCGGAGGGAGUUAUCAAGUUCAGCAACUCGGAAUCGAUGAAACUGCUGCUGCUAGAAAGCAACAAGAAGGGAGAUGUGAUUUCGAUUGCGAGAAUUGCUGGCAUAAUGGCUGUGAAGAAAACAGCUGAAUUGAUUCCUCUCUGUCAUCCAAUUAGCAUCACUGGAAUCAAGGUUGACAUGGUUCACAACGAGAAAGAGAACUCCGUCAAAGUAACCUGUGAGGUACAUUGUGAUGGAAAAACUGGGGUCGAAAUGGAAGCACUGACAGGUGCAACAGUUACGUUGCUUACCGUUUAUGAUAUGUGCAAAGCUGUCGACAAAAUGAUGACGAUUAGCGAUUGUCGAGUUGUUAAGAAGUCAGGGGGCAAAAGCGGCGACAUAGACGUUUCUCAACCGCCUUCAACUAAGUAG